AUGGAUGGCUUCAUCAUAGUCGAGGACAAACAAAUAAGCGGCUCGGGCCACGGCAGCAGCAGCGGCAACUGCUCGGCGUGCCGCAUCAGCCGGCCGUACCAGCCCGUCAGUGGUGUCGGAGAUGCGGCCGAGUCCGCAGCAGCCACCUCGCCGGAGCCGCAGCCUCAACCCUCUGCAGAGACGGGUCGCGGCUACAGCUCCUACCACGGGCCGUACUACAUGCACGCCGAAGACCGCUACCACGUCGGCGCCGCCGGCAAGCUGAUAGACGGCAAGAUUAUCGUCGGUGGCCGUGGCGGAAGCGGUGCCGGAGGCGGUGCGGUCAGUUCCGGAUACCAGUACUUCCCGCCGUACAGCGACGCCUCGCCGGGGUUCGCACUCGGUUCCUCAGACUCGGCGUCCUCGCAGCAGGUCAGCUACGACUCGGACUCUGCCAAGGAUUCGUACCAGGCGGAUGCGGACAUGUACGGGAUGCCCGCAGCGGCCGCCGACGCCGGCGGGGACAUGAUGGGUGACUCGCAGAUGGACGACAUGCCGGCCGGAGGCGGCUACGACUACUCGCCGCCGAAGCAGCCGUUCGGGCUGCGGGAGCAGAACUCGGCCAACAGCAUGUCGGCCGGCGACGGCGACAGUGGCGGCGACCAGCAGUACAGGGGCCCCGUCUACCCGUACCAGUCGUAUCCCGAGUCCUACCCGGAGGAAUACUCGUACUACUCUCACCACGGGGCCGGCGACGACGGCGGAGGCGACGACGAACCUGAGGACAGUUAUAUGCCACCCGAGAAGCCGAAGGGCAAGAAGAAGCCGUCGGCGCCGCCACCACCUCCCCCAGCACACCCGCCUCCUCCCGAGUAUCUACCACCGUACGCGCCGAAGAAGAAGCCGCCACCGUACGGCGGUCACGGCGACGAAGAUGACGACAGCUACGUGCCCUACCCUCCGCACGACGGGGGUGACGAUGACAUGGACGACGGUGACGACCAGCACCACAUGCCGCCAGCGCGACCGCCGCCCCCGCCGCCUCCACCUCCUCCGGACAUGGGCCACCACGGAUACUACCUGCCGCCGCCACCCGAUCACCACGACGAGCCGGAGGAGCCGCCGGAAUACGAAGAGCACCAUCCGAAAGACGAGGACGAGGACAGCAGACUGAACAAGCGGCCCUACAGCUACUACGGCAUCGGUCGCAAGCUGUGGUACAUCCCGCUCUAUUUCAGUGUCUACUUCAUCUUCUACGUGACAGCGCUCAUCAUCAAAUCAAUCGCGAGGCACAAGAUCCGGUACCCGCUGACCCAUAGCUGGAACAAGAGGUCAAUAGCGGAGGCGGCCGGCGUGGCGCUGGUCGAAACUGUUCAAACAUCGCUGCGAGACGCUGCCUCCAAAUACGAAUGA